ACACCCAGGUCCGCUUCAGCUCAAGAUCUCUUUGAGAAGAAAGGGCUUGUGCUUCAGUCUGCGGUCGUUGUUGUUAUCGGCUGGUUGGUUGAGUGUGGUUGUAGCGCAGCAUGUCGGGACGUGGUAAAGGCGGCAAGGGACUGGGCAAAGGCGGCGCCAAACGUCACCGCAAAGUGCUCCGAGAUAACAUCCAGGGGAUCACCAAACCAGCCAUCCGCCGGCUGGCGAGGCGAGGCGGAGUGAAGAGAAUCUCCGGCCUAAUCUACGAGGAGACCCGGGGUGUCCUGAAGGUCUUCCUGGAGAACGUGAUCCGGGACGCGGUCACUUACACCGAGCACGCCAAGAGGAAGACGGUGACGGCCAUGGAUGUGGUGUACGCCUUGAAGAGACAAGGCCGCACUCUGUAUGGAUUUGGCGGUUAAAAGGUCCCGUUCCAGCCCUCAUUUAAGACGGACUUUGUGAUAGUUUUUUUAAAAUUUUGUUGGUAGAAGUUUUGGCUUCAGUAGUGCGCUUGGCUUGUGCUUUGGCGAUUCGGGGUCCGUCUUGGGGGUGUCGAAGAGAUGUGAGGAGAUCGUCAAGAUGUUUCGCUUCUGAUUGGCUGGCUCGUAGUUUGAAAAUAGACCAAUAGGAAUUGGCGGCGUUUGCUAUCCCUCAUUUGCAUAUCAGCGUUGAUAAAUAUAGUCGGUCCACAGUAUCCCCGCCACUUCCAGCUGCUCAUCCUCAUUGUCUGAUUGAAAUGCAAACACCCUCUCCCCCGCGUUUAAACUCUUCUACAAUCAUGAUUUCAUUCUUGUUUGAUGCAAUGGCUUUUUUUUUCUGCUUGGUGACAAGUGGGACAUUUUAACUACCUUUUUAGUGCAGUGUGCCUUUUUUUCUUUUUUAAUUUGUUUGCUGAUUUGAAUCUUGUCUGCUCUUUUAUUGCAAUAAACAGAUGAGUUCAUUUUUCCA